UGGGAGCCCUCGUGCUCACAAUCGGGAUGGAGGGCAGAGCAGGUUCCGUGCUCCUCCCAUCACCCAUCACGCUCUGGGGCGUCGACUCCAACGGGGUGAAGCACGACGCGUCCUUCAACACCUCCUUCACCAUGAACCUCUACAGAGCGGAGAGGCUAAAACAAGGCGACGGUCUUGCUUUCGUCAUCGUCCCCUCCCUGGACGGCCCUCCGCCCGGCAGCCAUGGUGGUUUCCUCGGUCUCACCAACAUCAUCUCAAAGUCCGCCGCUGCCUCGGGCAGAUUCGUCGCCAUCGAGUUCGACACCUCCAAGAACGAGUACGAUCCCGAUGACAAGCACAUCGGCCUCUGACAUCGGCAGCGUCGUCUCCGACGUAGUCGUCUCGCUGUCCUCGCUCCCGCAGCCCGACAACAUCACCCUGGCGCCGCUGAUGGAGACGGUGGAUUACACCGUGUGGAUCGACUACAACGGAUUCGGACACCACAUAUGGGUGUACGUGGCCGUCAAUGGUCUGCCCAAGCCUGACAAGGCCUACCUUGACGCGUCCCUCAACAUGAGCAGCCACGUCCCCCAGCGAGCAUACAUCGGUUUCACGGCGUCGACGGGGGAAGGCCACGAGCUCCAUAGUAUCCUGAGCUGGAACUUGACAGUCGAAAAGCUUUCGGAUGACCGAGCCGUCGGACAAUGGAAGGUUGUGCUGCCUGCAGUUCUUGGGUCUGUUGCCGCCACCGCAAUCAUGAUAUCUGUCGCGGCCUUCUACUUCAACCUGAGGUACAAGGCCCUGAAGAUGGAGCUGAAGCUGUCAGAUGCUCUUCGGCGGCUUCCGGGCACGCCCAAGGAGUUCAAGUACGCGACGAUCAGGAAGGCCACCAACAACUACGACGAGGCAAGGAAGCUAGGCAGAGGCGGGUUCGGCGCAGUGUACAGGGGAACGCUCCGUCUCCGGUCAGGCAAGACAUGCCAGCUGGUGGAGGUAGCGGUGAAGAAGUUCACACGUAAUCCAGACCAGUGCUACGACGACUUCCUCGCAGAGGUCGACGUGAUCAACCGCCUGCGCCACCGAAAUAUCGUGCCGCUCGUUGGUUGGUGUUACGAGAAAGGCGAGCUCCUGCUUAUCUACGAAUAUAUGCUCAAUGGCAGCGUGGACCAGCACCUCUUCGAGCAAAACGCUCCUCUCCAGCGCCGCAUCCUAGGAUGGAAUACCCGGUACAACAUCAUCAUGGAUAUAGCCGCAGGUCUUCACUACGUGCAUCACGAGCACGAACACAUGGUGCUCCACCGCGACAUCAAAGCAAGCAACAUCAUGCUCGACUCUUCCUUUCGUGGUCGCCUUGGUGACUUCGGCCUUGCCCGCAUUGUCACCUUGAAUAAGAACUCCUACACAGACGUGGGUGUCGCCGGCACCUGGGGCUUCAUCGCGCCAGAGUACUCAGUCUGCCACAAGGCCACUCGCAAGACUGAUGUAUACGCCUUUGGGGUGCUGGUCCUAGAGAUCGUCACCGGAGAACGGGCACUUGCUGCCAGCCAUGAUGAUGCGACGCUUCAACCGCUCACCGACUGGGUCUGGUGGGUUCACCAGGAGGGAAGGUUGCUCCAAGCGGUGGACGACAGAGUCAUUUCCACACAAGAGUUUGAUGCCGAUGGCGCCAUUCGCCUGCUACUUCUUGGGCUGGCUUGCAGCAACCCAAAUGCAUCUGACCGGCCAAGCAUGGCCGAGGUGGUGCAAGUCCUGGCCAAAUCGGUACCUCCGCCGGAGGUACCGCUUGUGAAACCUACAUUCAUGUGGCCGCCCGAGGGCGGGAUCCCCGUGGAAUUUGACAAUAUAACGGCAACGAGCAGCCUCGACUGGGAGGACACGUCCAGCGGUGAAGCCCUAGGGGCGAGUCUGCCAUCAGAGACCAACAUGCACAAGGCUCGGGUUGGACAUCCAAACAAAACCAGAUCAGCUGAGGAAUAUUAUGUGUAG